GUCUUAAUUGGCAGCCCCACUACUUCUGCACUUUUAUUUAUUUAUUUUAAAAUAAUUCUCAUUGCGUUUUAAGUGAAAGUUUACAAAUCAAGUCAGUCUCUCACACAAAAACCCAUAUACACCUUGCUACACUCUCCCAGUUACUCUCCCCCUAAUGAGACAGCCUGCUCUCUCCUGCCACUCUCUCUUUUCGUAAGCUUCUAACCCCCUCUACCCGCUCAUCUCCCCUCCAGGCAGGAGAUGCCAACAUAGUCUCAAGUGUCCACCUGAUCCAAGAAGCUCACUCCUCACCAGCAUCCCUCUCCAACCCAUUGUCCAGUCCAAUCCAUGUCUAAAGAGUUGGCUUUGGGAAUGUUUGCCAUCCUGGAGCAACAGAAGGUCUGGGGGCCGUGACCACCCCUCCUGCACUUUUAAAUGUCAAACUUGAGUAGGAGUCUUGUCUCAUGAGUUUCUCUCUCAUGUUCCCCGACAUAAUGGGCACUCAGAGGAAUAUUUGAGUUUUUGUUUGGUUGCUGUAACUUUGACUCUGUUUCUCUGUUUGAUUACUCAUGUAUGCAGUGUGAAUAAUAUUAAAAAAAUGGUUUUAAUGCUCUUUAGUCUUUGUGGCUCAGUAGUUAAGAGCUAUGGCUGCUAACCAAAAGGUUGGCAGUUAGAAUCCACCAGCCACUCCUUGGAAACCCGGUGGGGCAGUUCUGCUCUGUCCGAUAGGAUUGCUGCGAGUCGAAAUUGACUUGACGGCAAUCGGUUAGCCUUUGUAAUAGUUGUUUAAUUAUUUGCAAAUCUGUUGUAUAGUCAACACAUGAAAUUUAGCAACUGUAAUGUUGUAGACCAGCACAGUCCGUUAAUACUGCUAGAAAAGCAAACCAAAGCCCAAAGCUUUUAUCUUUAUAUGAAAAGACUUGACUAAUUUUUAAAAAAUGCAGUAGAUACUGAUGUAGUUACUCGUGUUUUUAAUCAUGUGCUUUGAAGCCUUUGCUUUUUCUGGAAUGAAAUUCCUCGUUUUGUGCAGAAGUAUGUUAAUUAGAUAAUAUUUAGUUGGUGAAUUUGUGCCCACAAGAAUGUGAUUUUUAAAAUGUUGCAGAUUGCUAUAAGAUUGUUUCCUGUUUUCUUUUGCGUGUUUAAUACUUUGUAUAUUUUUCCAUGAAGUAACCUUUCAUCUUGUCCAUUUAUAUCAUUUAACAUUAAGACUUAAAUAUUGAGUUCAACUCUGACAACACUGGUGCUUGCAAAUGCUAAUCAUUCAAAAUGUCCAAAUUUGUAUUUGACCUAAGAGUUGCAAAAAUAUAAGCUAUUAUAUAAAUAUAUCCAAAUAUAUAUUUGGGGGGGGAAGAAGUAAAAUAUUGUAUUUAUGGGGUGGUUUUAAACAGUCAAGCUUUAGAAUUGAGACAUGCCUAAAGUAUUUCUCUAGUGAAUUGCAUAUGGUAUCAGUUAAUGAAUUGUGCUGCAAGAAGAAGCAUUUAGUACUGUUGACCUCAGUAUUACUGAAAGUUCUGAGAAUUAGCAGUUCAACUUAGUAGUUUGGGAAAAUGAUAAAGCAUACUUAGACAAUUUUAGAUCUCUUUAACGUCAAAACAAAAUUUUCUGCUUUACCUUUUUAAAUUAUUUCUUUUAAAAUCAAGGUGAUGUUUGUGCAUAUGUAGUUAAAGUCAAAUAGUACUAUAAGGUUUAUAAUGAAAAAUAGCUGUCCAUCUUGCCUCUCCUCACCUCCAAUUCCCAGUUUUUAAAGGCAGUCAGCUUUAAUUCUUUUAGCUAUUUGUUCACAUUUGCCUUCUUAUUUCUACUUUUUGUUGGCUUUUCAUUUUAGACAUUAGCUAUUGACCUCAUUUUAAGAAAAAUGAGGAUUAGCUGUCUUAAUCUCUCUACCGCCUGCAAACAUUUACACAUACUUUCCUUUGUCUCUUCUUCCCCUUUAAGAAUAUCAGAUUUUGGGGGAUAAAUUAUUUACUAUUCACAUUAUUAUGACUAUGUAAAUAUUGUUCACAGCUGGGUUUUACAAAAUUCAUCAUAAUCAUAAUUCCUUUCUUGUCCAACUUAUUGUUUUUCCUAGGUAGUUAUCCCAGUUUAAAAUUUUAUGUUGUUGUUAGCCACCGCCAAGUUGGUCCCCGACUCCUGGUGACCCCAUGCACAUUUGAAUGAAAUGCUGCCCAGUCCUGCACCAUCCCCAUGAUUGUGGUAGAUCGGAAUGUUGUGAUCCAGAGGGUCUUCGUUGGCUGGUUUUCAGAAGUAGAUCACCAGGCCUUUCUUCCUAGUCUGUCUUAGUCUGGACUUUCCCCUGAAACUUGUUCAGCAUUAUAGCAACAUACAAAAUUCCACUGACAGACAGUCGGUGGCUGUUCAUACGAGAUGCAUUGGCCAGGAAUUGAACCCAUGUUGCCUGCGUGGAAGGCAAGAUUUCUACUGCUGAACCACUACUGCCCUUCUGACUACCCUAGGCAGAGUACAUUACUCCUUCUGUUCCGUGACACCUGUGAAUAAGUCUGUUUUGACACUUAAUAUAAUCCCUCUCCACAUCUUUCUUCCUUAGACUGAGUGUUCUCAAAGUUCGGAUAACACUCUCACAUUCUGAUAGAGUUCUUGACCUACUCGUAAACCUGUUGCCGUUGAGUUGAUUCAGACUCAUAGCAACCCUAUAAACGUGAGCUAGGAGUCUUGACGCUCAGUAGGUAAUAAAUAAUUAUUUACUUAAUAAAUAAAUCCUUCAUCUGGGUUGAUUGAACAUCUUCUUUCCUGGCAAACAUACUGUCAUUUUGACCUUAAUCCCUAGUGUCCACUGAAUGAAUGAAUGCUAUGCUAGAAACUGUUAAAGGCUCAAGCUUAUUAUUGGGAGGCAAUGCUGUGUAGUAAUUUAGGAUACGGCUCUGAAGUCAGAAUGCCUGAGCUCAAAGAAACAAGUGUCCUAACCUCUGUUUUUUUUUAACAUAAAAUACCAAUGAUAAUACUACUACCAUACAUGUUGUGAGGAUUAAAUUGGUACAUCUAAAAUGCUAGAUCAAUGCCUGGCACAUUCUCUUUUAGUCAGUCUGUUUUUCAUCUUUUGGGGACAUUGCCUACUACAAUAUUAGCAUAAGAACUUAUGAAUGAAAAUCUAAGUAAAAUGACAAAUCUAGAUAUUUAAAAUAUUUAGCUCUUUGAAUUUUGUGUAUGAACAUAUUCUGAAAUGAUCUCCAUGGACAAUAACAGAUUGUGACAUUUAGAUAAAAACUUCAACUGGGAGAAAUAAUGUGUUCAGUUUGUUAUAUACCUACUAAAAUACUGCAUUUUUUAAAUAUACCCUGAAAUAUCUAAGCGAUAUGGAAUUAUGUUAAGUGUCAGUAUGCUAUCAGUACUCAUGACCCUUCUAUCCCUAAGAAGGGUUUUAUCUAGCCCACCAACAGAUUUGAUAUUCGGCAUGAUUUGCUUUCUAAUUUGAGCCUGCUGUAUGCACUAAAUUCUCCCUUCAGAGACUGUAUGCUGAGGUAAAGGAAACUCUCUUUAUUCAGCAUACACUUAACUGAACACUUGCUCAUGUGCCUAGUAUUGUGGAUGCAAGCAAAAAGAAGGCAUAGUUGUUUUCCUUAAGGAACCAGCAUCUCUUCGUCGUUUCAGUAAUGUUGAUAUCAGAUCUGGCAGAAUGUAUGCAUGCUCUUGGACCCAGAAUUCCAUUUAUAAUAGAAAUAGAAAUGUGCACAGAAAUUUAUGGUCAAGGUAUUCAUCAAAAUAUUAAUUAUAAAAGCAAUAAAAAGAUACACAUUUUGGUACAUUCAUUAUAUUUUCAACACUUUAAGUUAGAAGCAUGAUGUUACUUAAAUACUUUUAAGUUUAUUUUUGAAAUCUGAAUUAGGGAUUAUAUCCCCAUAUCUGAGGAUAGGAAACCCUGGUGGCAUAGUGGUUAAGUGCUACGGAUGCUAACGAAGGAGUCAGCAGUUCGAGUCCGCCAGGCGCUCUUUGGAAACUCUAUGGGACAGUUCUACUCUGUCUUAUAGGGUCGCUAUGAGUCAGAGUCAACUCGACGGCACUGGGUUUGGCUUGGUUUUGGUAUCUGAGGAUAGAUAGAGGGUUAUGUCAGUAGUUGAAUUCCAUGGUCCAUUAUAAAGUUGUGGUAAAUUGCUCAGAUCUGAUUUAGGGUCACAGUUCCCCAAUUUAUUGUAUGUAUAACUCUGGCAAGUUGUUUAAAAUUCUCUAAACCUCAGUUGUUUCCAUCUCGAAAAUGGGUAUAUUAGCAGUUACAAAAUUUGUUCUAAGGAUGAAAUGAAACAAUGUAUUAUCCUAAAAAAAAUAGCCCAGUAAAUGUUUUGCUGCUCACGUUGUUAGUGUUUUUCUUUGUACUCAUUCUGCCCUUAAUGGUUUUUUUUCCUCUACAGCCUUCCACCAGUCAGUGCAAACCAGAGAUGGCGAUGUUUAUCUGGUCUGACAACUCCCAUUGCUUUGUAACAGUCAUCUAGAGGAUUCUGAGGCUUUUACCAGGCUCCACAGAGUUAUCGCCUGUUAUCUGUGUCUGCCACUUUUAAAGGAUGGGAAAUAGCAGUACAUGUGCCUUGGGUUUGCCAUCCUUGAUCUAAACCUUCUUUUGUUGCUUUACACACACAAACUCCCUGUUCUCUUUUAGGUAUCAUGUACUUUUUGUUCUUGUACUUUAUUUUGCUGGGAGUUUAUUAGCACCUUUUUUUUUUUUAGUGCUUUGGCUGUUACUGUUGUUAUUUCAUAGCAUAAAUUACUCCUCAUAAUAGUGUGUAAUAAUCCAGAACUAGACCUUGGGUCCUUUUUAGCCCUGCUUCUUCUAGAUCUCUCAUAAAAUACAAAUAUAGCUAGUUUGUAAGACUGACUUGGACCUGUCUGAUUUAAAGAAGAGGCAGAUUUUGUGUGAAGUUUUUCCAUUUUACUAAACCCUGGAGUAGAAGGCUCAUGCUGUGUUUAGUAUAAGGUAACCAAAUGCAAAGGAACUUUUUGUUCUUCACAAUUAGCCGGUCUCCUCCUAAAGGAUUAUGUAUUGUCCUUUUGUAAAGUAGAUGGAUUGUGACCACAAAAAAAUUUUUUUUUGUAGUUGUUAGUUGGCAUAAAUUUAAAAUCAUGAUGUUUAGGUAAAAGUUAUAUUCUGAGAGCAUGCAUAAAUAAUAGCCAUUAAAUUAUAAUUGAUGGUGAAUGAAAUUGCCCUUAGUAUAUAGGCAAAAAUGAUUUUAUUUUAAAAUACAUCCUGGGAGUUACAUAGUAAUGAAUUUGUGAACACUGUAAAAUUUUUUUACUUUUCAUUAUAACUCUUUGUACAUUGAUAAGUUCAGGGUGUUUAUAAAUUAUCAUAAAUCAGAACUUUAUUGAUAUUAAAGAGUAUAAACACCUGUGUCUUGAAAUUGCUUGCCUUGGAUUUAGGUUUUUUUUUAAUCUAGGAUUUAAUGCAAUAUGGUGUUCAGUUAACUUUAUUUUUACUUAAUUUGAGGAAUAAGGUGAAGAUGUUUUAAUGACACUCAGCUAAUAAUCAGAAGGUAGAUUCUUUGGGUAAAGUGUUUAACUCUCAAGGCCUCCACUACUUCUGUCUUUUAACAGUAGCUCUAAUACAUGAUCUUCAUUAGCCCUAAAAUUCUGACUUUUUGAUAACAUUAGUUACUGUCUAUAUUAGAUUUCAGUUUAUGUUUCCGAAUACUUGGCUCUAUUUUAUAAUCUAAAUUUUAAUGUGAAAAGGCUGUCCCUUUAAAAAAAAAACAAAAAACUAUUCUUGAUUUUCUUUAGAUUGUCCUUUAGUCAUUAAAACAUAGUUUCAACUCCAUAUGCUAACUGGCUUCUGUGAUUUAAAAAAAACUUUCAGGCCGCUAGUUUCACCCAUUACACAAACCUUGUAUCAAAUUUAUAUUGACAAGUAAUAAAAUUAACAGAUUUGAGCUUUAACAUUGUAGACACUGGAAAAAGCAUUACAGAACUAUAAAAUAGCCCUGCUUCAGAGAAUUCUGGGAGAGAAAGAGGAGUGUCUUUUACACACUGAAAAAUCAGCUUGUGACAACCAGGCACUGAUUUUGCUGUGCUCUGUUUUAACAGAGAAUUGUUUUGCUAUGUAGAUACUUUACUGAGUUGUUUGUUAAAACAGAAGAGGGAUAUUUAUGAUCUUUUGAUAGCACUUAAAAAAAAAAAAGACCUUAACGAGGCAGUACACAAUACUGGGGAAGCCAGCACAACGCGUCCAAGGCAAGGUCAUGGAAGCUCUGUAGACACAUCCAAACUCCCCGAGGGACUGAGUUACUGGGUUGAGGGCUGUGGGGACCAUGGUCUUGGGGAACAUCUAGCUCAAUUGGCAUAACAUAGUUUAUAAGGAAAAUGUUCUACAUUCUUUGGUGAGUAGUGUCUGGGGGUCUUAAAAACUCGCGAGCAGCCAUCUAAGAUACUCCACUGGUUUCACCCCGUUUUCAAGGGAAAAUGAAAAAAACCAAAGACAGGAUGGAAAGAAUUCAAAUGACUUAUGGACCACAAGUACUGCAGCCUCCACCAGACUGAGUCCAGCAUAUCUAGAUGGUACCCGGCUGCCACCACCAACUGCCCUGACAGGGAGAAAAACCUGGUGAUCUGCUUCUGUAAAGAUUACAGCCAAGAUGCAGCAGAGGGUUCCAGACACAGAAAUGACCGUAAAGAAGUAGACGCUCAGAUGCAAAAGUGAUGAAACAGACAAUUUGUCAUAAAGUAAAAUGCAGCUGUGGCUUUUCAACCAGAUUAGAACAAAAUUGCAUCUGUUUUUCUCAGAAGAGAAUUCCACAAGAGCUCACAUGGUCUUCUGAAGAAGCCAUGGGUAGCUGUUGUAGCUGUCCAGAUAAAGACACUGUCCCAGAUAACCAUCGGAACAAGUUUAAGGUCAUUAAUGUGGAUGAUGAUGGGAAUGAGUUAGGUUCUGGAAUAAUGGAACUUACAGACACAGAAUUGAUUUUAUACACCCGCAAACGUGACUCGGUAAAGUGGCACUACCUCUGCCUGCGACGCUAUGGCUAUGAUUCAAAUCUCUUUUCUUUUGAAAGUGGUCGAAGGUGUCAAACUGGACAAGGAAUCUUUGCCUUUAAGUGUGCUCGUGCAGAAGAAUUAUUUAACAUGUUGCAAGAGAUUAUGCAAAAUAACAGUAUAAAUGUGGUGGAAGAGCCAGUUGUAGAAAGGAAUAAUCAUCAGACAGAAUUGGAAGUCCCCAGAACACCUCGAACACCUACAACUCCAGGGUUUGCUGCUCAGAACUUACCUAAUGGAUAUCCCCGGUAUCCCUCAUUUGGAGAUGGUUCAUCUCAUCCUUCGAGCAGACAUCCUUCAGUGGGAAGUGCACGCCUGCCAUCGGUGGGUGAAGAAUCUACACAUCCUUUGCUUGUGGCUGAGGAACAAGUACAUACCUAUGUCAACACCACAGGUGUGCAAGAAGAGCGGAAAAACCGAACAAGUGUACACAUCCCACUGGAGGCAAGGGCUUCUAAUGUUGAAAGCAACAUGCCAAAAGAGGAGCCAAGUAGUAUUGAGGACAGAGACCCUCAGAUUCUUCUUGAGCCUGAAGGAGUCAAAUUCGUUUUAGGACCAACUCCUGUCCAAAAGCAGUUAAUGGAAAAAGAGAAACUGGAGCAACUUGGAAGAGAUCAAGUUAGUGGAAGUGGAGCAAAUAACACAGAAUGGGACACUGGAUAUGACAGUGAUGAACGAAGAGAUGCACCCACUGUUAACAAACUAGUGUAUGAAAACAUAAAUGGGCUAUCUAUCCCUAGUGCCUCAGGGGUCAGGAGAGGUCGUCUGACAUCCACCAGUACCUCAGAGACCCAGAAUAUCAACAACUCAGCUCAGAGAAGAACUGCAUUGUUAAACUAUGAAAAUUUACCAUCUUUGCCUCCUGUUUGGGAAGCCCGCAAGCUAAGUAGGGAUGAAGAUGACAAUUUAGGACCAAAGACUCCAUCUCUAAAUGGCUACCAUAAUAAUCUAGAUCCAAUGCAUAACUAUGUAAAUACAGAGAAUGUAUCAGUGCCAGCAAGUGCUCACAAAAUAGAAUAUUCAAGGCGUCGGGACUGUACACCGACAGUCUUUAACUUUGAUAUCAGACGCCCAAGUUUAGAACACAGGCAGCUCAAUUAUAUACAGGUUGACCUGGAAGGUGGCAGUGACUCUGACAACCCUCAGACUCCAAAAACGCCUACCACUCCCCUUCCACAAACCCCUACCAGGCGCACAGAGCUGUAUGCUGUGAUAGACAUCGAGAGAACUGCUGCUAUGUCAAAUUUGCAGAAAGCACUGCCUCGAGAUGAUGGUACAUCAAGGAAAACUAGACAUAAUAGUACUGAUCUGCCCAUGUGAGCCUGGAAAGCAUUAUGUUGUUUGCACCUUUGUGAAGUUUUUAAAAAUGAAGAUGCAAGUGCUUCAUUUUCAUUUCUAAACACUAACUCCUUUUAUAGACUGAUAAAUUUUUUUCUGAAUAUUUCAUGUGCUUCUUUAACUAAAGGGAAUUAACGUAGAGCAGGUACUCAUCAAAGAACACUAAUUUCAUUAUAUACUACUCGUUAUUGUACAGCAGCAUUCCCAUUUUCACAGUGCCUAUUUAAAAUGAGAGUUGAAGUGAGUGACAUGCUGGUUGAUUUUUAUCAAUAUUCUGGACUUAUGCAUAUCAUUCAUGUCUAAGUCAUGGUUGGCAUUUAGAACAUUUUAUAAAGCCUCUUGAUAAUGUGCAUUGUUAACAGAUAACUCUAGGCUUUGGAAGUAAUAUUUAUAGAUUCACUAUUCACGGUAUGUGGCCUCCAGUAUGUAACAUGAGGAAUCCUUUAUUUCCUUAAUUAACGGCUUUUUGACUUGAGCCACAGCGUACGUAAAGGAAAGAUAAGUACCACACCUCCUUGUAUACCAGUCAGCUCGUUUGCCUUCAGCAUUACUAGAGAGUCCUGUGUCCAUGAAUAUGGUUUGCUGUUGGUGUGUUAGAAAGGCAGGAAGGAGAAAAGGUUUUGUUCACUCAUCUCAAUGUUGUCAUUUGAAGGGCGUGCCAGGUAUCUUAAUCAAAAUCAUGAUAGGCUCAAGAACCAGUCUCAGGUCACUUUACCCCAAAACAUUUGAAAAAAUGAACCAUGAUCUGUUGAAAAUUUCUCUCCUAUAGAUUAUUAACAUUAACAUUGUUUUCUGGAGGUUAUUUGUGCCAUUUGGUUUCCAUUUACCUUCAGUUUUUUCCUUUGGUGUUUGGGAUGUCUUAUUUUGUUGCUUAAAUGUCUUUUUCAGUUUAAAAUGUCUAAGUUUGUAUAUAGUUAUGAGAUUGGAUUAUAUGUUCAUUGUUGUUCGGUUUGCAUUUUCGUCAAAUUAGGAUUUUGAAGGUUCAUUUGGAACUUACUGUUAUUCUGUAACAGGGUUGCCCUUGUCCAGUAUUUAUUUAUAUGCUGUUUACUUUUCUAAUCGAUAAAAACAUUUUCUCAAUUUUUAAUUUCACUCGUGUCCAUAGGUGAUCUCUUUAGCAGCUGAAAGAAAAAGAAAGAUACUUUUAACGUGCAGAAUUCGCUAAAGGUACUGUGUUUCCUCUGUGGGCACUCUUCCCAGCACUUUAGCAGUGAUUCAGUCAGUCACCUGGCUGCAGUUGUCCUCUGCCCGCUGUGGUGUCCUCAGCUCUGCUAUGCUUUCACUUGUUGCUGGACCUUUGAUUAUCUCUUGAUUUCAGUAGAAUGUUAAUGUUGUUGCCAGCAUAGCAAGUACAGUGAAAGUCUUGUAGCAAUGAGACUGUGUCAUACUUAAGGAUUUAGAACGAAGUGAAGUGUAUAUGAACUGAUGAGAGUCCAUACGUGAAAUUCUUAGAAAAUCAAGAAUGUUCCACUUGCCUAGACACUAGGUAAUAUAAGAGAAGGGUGAGUGGAGAGAAGGUUAGAUUACCUUACAAAUUAUUUUACUCUUUUCUCUAAAUAUGAGGAACUUCGAGAUUGUGAUCUGGGUCAACCAGAUGUAACUGAGGUUAAUUUAGCAAGAAGAAGUUUCGGACAAAUAGCAUCCGACCUGUGUAAGAAUGGAUUAGCAGAAGAAUAGUGUGGGACCAUCAUAAAGAAAAUAAAUUAUUAAAGGUAUCUUCAUUUUCAGUGCCGUUGGUUUAUGUGCAUAGCAGACUUUCUUUUUUUUUUUUUUUUCUUUGACCUUGGUGCUUACUACAGAGUUUGCCCUUCUUUAAAAAAGAGGUCAGUGGUAUAGGUGUCCAGCUUCCAUUUUUAAUAUAUUGUUCCAUUUGUGCUUUCUUUUGAAUAGAUUGCUAAUUGUGCCAAAUUUAUGUGCUCGUUUUGUAAUAUGGAAUAAGAAUUACAAUGGAAUGAAUACACAUGGUUUUCUGAGGACAGUCAAGACAGAACACUAACCUCCAAAUGAAAGGGCUGAUCUAUUUAUUCAUUUUGGGGGUUGGAUACUUUUUAUUUUUCUUUCUCUCAUCCUUUUUGUCUUUUUCUCCAGCUUCUAAUUAGUUUUUAUAUUUUUUUAGGUAACUCCAAUAUAUCAUUACAAUUUAUGCUUUAAAUCCGGUGUGCUUUAAAAAUGAGAAUGGGACCAAUUUGAUAAGAAUUUGAUUUUAGGUACUGUACGAGUAUUAAGAAGAUAUAUACAACUGGCGUUAAUUUCUAGAUGUCUUCUGGAAAUCACCUGUGUUCCUAUUUAAUAAAAAGUGAUUUAGAACACUAUUUGUCCCUUGAAGUAGUCUAGUACUGGGCAGUAAGCUCUUUCCUAGAAGAAUGUUCCUAUUAACUAGGUGCAUUUUAGAAUGAGACAUUUUGUUGGCAUAUAAUGAAUUGUGCCCAUUAUGUCUCAGGUUUUUGAGACAAACCUAAUUUUAGAUAUUCUAUUCUGUUAACAGACUGUGUGAUCCCACUUUUUGGUUCUGGAAAUAUAAAUCAUUGGUCAUAGACGUUUUUCCCCAAAUAGAAUCCUUUUCCGUCAGUGUAGAUCACGACGGCAUUUAUCUCAGACCAAGGUUUGAAACUGAUGUUGGUAUUACCUGUGUGUUUUUUCUUAAGUUUUUUAUUUCACAGUUUCAUCUUCCUUUAAAAAUGAAAAUAUGGUGCCUUCCCUCCCUCCAGAAAGAUUGGCAAAUUGUUCCCUUUAUUUACUGCUGCUGUGGGGUGAUGAGAUAUGCACUUUACUCCUGAAGACUCAGCAAAAACCUUUUCACUUCCCAGUAUAUCCAGAAUAGAUCAUAUUUCGGAUUUAUGAAAAUUUGCCAAGCAAUCUUUGUUUUUAUACGUAGUAAUGUUGACCCCACAGUUCAAUGUUAUAAGAAUAAGUCAAGGUUGUUUGUUUAUCCGCCAGCCCCCAAAAAAAACCCUGUGGCAAAGCUUAUAAAAAUGUACCUCAAUAACGUUCUAUUAAAAAUGGGACAGGGGCCUUAUGUUAUAAUAAUUUCCCAGCAAUGUGCCACCAUAUUUUUGCCUCAAGGUAAAGGUUUUUACAAGCUGAAAAGUACUUCCUGCUUUCCCCUUUGCUGUCCAUUCUAACCCAUAAUGCCCCAGUGUUUUGUGCAAUGUGUAGUGUGUAUGUAUAUGUACACGUAUGUGUAUAUAUAUGUAUAUACGUGUGUGUGUAUAUGUAUAUAUCUCCUUGAAAUAGACAUACCAUCAGAGACAUCAUACAGAAGUGACUGAUGUAUUGCCAUCUCAUUCAUAUUUCUGAUCUGUGAGGUAUAUGGUACUAAUUACCUUUCCCCGGAUGUUUGCCAAAUUUGAAUAAAGGCAUUGGUACGAAAUACAGAAUGUAUAGAAAUGUUUUUGGCUUGAAAAAUUGACAAAUCUUUUAUGACAUACCACAAUAUACUCUGCCUGAACCAGCACCCUCUUGAUCUUUCCUGUUCGCAUCCCUUUUCCCUAUCUCUCCUUCCUCAUUUUUUGGGGGGGUAUGACACAAUUCUUUUAUAGCAUCAUUACAAUUGCAGUUCUAUGACAAUUGGACGAUUAUAGCAUGGAAACAAACUGGUAUAAUAGUACAGUAGUCACCAGUGUGCCACGUUUGCAUUAGUAAAUGCAAAGUAUACAUUUUAUAAAGGACAAAUUUUGUGUUAUGUUUUUAUUUUCAUUACAUUGUGUAUAAUAUUGUAAGAUUAUUGUAUGUCCGGAUCUGCAUUAUAAAUGUUAAGUUUUUUUUCCUACAUAAAGGCAUAAAUAUAGCAACUUUGUGUAAAGGUAGCUUAUUAGAUUUUUUAUUUUUCCUUUUAUAAAAAGUUGUCUAACAGUGGGACUACCAUUGCCAAAUUGUAUAUGAAAUACGAAUUUUACCCCAUGAUUAAUUUCUUUUAUAAACAUUCCAUAUUUCUCUAAUAAAAGACGUGAUACUGUACUAUGCAUAAAUUGUAUUUUUAAUGCUGUUUCAUAUCAGCAUUUUAAAUUUUGAUUUGUAUUUUUAAUAUUGGCAAAACUUAACCACUGUUAAUUAAAACCUCGUCGUAUGUGUAACAGCAUCAUAUGCCCUCUAUCCGUUUCCACUCUUUGUUCUUAUUUCUCCCUACCAGUGCCAACUUCAUACAUUUUGUAGCAUGGCAAUAAAAUAUAACUUUUACACUGAGGCCAAGUGUGGCUUUUUGGAGGAAGUGGGGAUGGGAAGAUUGCCCUCUAGUUCUUUGCAUGUGUCUUUUUUUGCCUGAUUAGCCGUGUCUCCAGAGGUUAUCUCAUUUAUGAUAUAAACAUGCUUUUAAGGACAAGUGUGAAUGUGCUUUUAAUUUUUGUCAUAACAAAUAACUAAUUUUUUAUCUUUGGAAAAGCCAGAGUUCUUGAAAUACAAUCAAACCUUUACUUAAAGAAUAAGCUGAUAAUUGAAUUUUGUUAAACAAGGGCUAAGCAACACAUUUUUAAGAUUCUUAUUAUUUGUAGAGUAUUAAUAUACUUUACUGCUCUAAAAAUUAUAGUCUGUAAAUUACAGUUUAAUCUUAGACAAUUUAGGAUCUUGCAAUGCCUUACUGUUGUCAUUUGGGCAUAAAUUUCCAUGAUGAGGUACUCAAGUUGAUACUGGAAACAGCUGACGAUACACUGACCUUAAGCGUUCGUGAAAAACUGUUAUGUUGAAUGAAAUCUGAUCAGAGUUCUUACGGUUACUUUGCCCUUAUUACUGAAAGUAGAUUGCAAUAAAAUCCCAAUAAAAGUUUGGUUGGAUAUCUA